GGUUUCCGGCGGGCUCCUUAGAGCGCCGAACAGCGUUGGGCCGAAGGACCAUGAGAGGGCCGGAGCCUGGUCCCGAGCCUACCAUGGAGGGGGACGUGCUGGACACCCUGGAGGCGCUGGGGUAUAAGGGACCACUGUUAGAAGAGCAAGCUCUUACCAAGGCAGCAGAAAGUGGACUGUCUUCACCUGAAUUUUCAGAGCUCUGUGUUUGGUUAGGCUCUCAAAUAAAAUCAUUGUGCAACUUGGAAGAAAGUAUCACUUCAGCUGGGAGAGAUGAUUUAGAAAGCUUCCAGCUUGAGAUAAGUGGUUUUUUAAAAGAAAUGGCAUGUCCAUAUUCUGUACUCAUAUCAGGAGAUAUUAAAGACCGUUUAAAAAAGAAGGACGACUGUUUGAAACUUCUAUUAUUUUUAAGUACAGAACUUCAAGCUUUACAAAUAUUACAGAACAAGAAAUGUAAAAAUUCUCAAUUAGCUAAAAACAGUGAAAUUUAUCAGGAAGUUCAAGCUAUCUGUGAUACCCUUGGUGUACCCAAGUCAACAACUUCUGACAUUCCGCUUAUGCUAAAUCAAGUGGAGUCAAAGGUGAAAGAUAUUCUCUCAAAAGUCCAGAAAAAUCAUGUGGGAAAACCACUGCUGAAAAUUGAUUUAAAUCUGGAACAGGCGAAACAACUGGAAAGAAUCAACGAUGCUCUUUCCUGUGAAUAUGAGUGCCGCCGGCGGAUGUUGAUGAAACGAUUAGAUGUGACAGUGCAGUCUUUUGGAUGGUCUGAUAGAGCAAAGGUAAAAACAGACGACAUAGCAAGAAUUUACCAGCCUAAGCGUUAUGCUUUGUCACCCAAGACAACAAUCACAUUGGCACAUCUACUUGCAGCUCGUGAAGAUCUAUCCAAGAUCAUUAGGACAAGUAGUGGCACCAGCCGGGAGAAGACGGCCUGUGCCAUUAAUAAGGUGCUGAUGGGAAGGGUGCCUGACAGGGGAGGACGACCGAAUGAAAUUGAACCACCACCCCCUGAAAUGCCCCCUUGGCAAAAGAGACAAGAAGGCGGCGGAAGGGGUGGUUGGGGUGGUGGAGGUGGAGGUGGUGGCAGAGGAGGUGGUGGGGGUGGAAGAGGUGGCUGGGGAGCGGGAGGAGGCUGGGGAGGAGGUGGAGGAGGGGGAGGAGGCUGGGGAGGAGGUGGAGGAGGUGGCGGUAGAGGAGGAGGUUUCCAAGGCAGGGGAGAUUAUGGUGGAAGAGGAGGGGGCUAUGGUGGAAGAGGGGGCUAUGGUGGAAGAGGUUAUGGAGAUCCGUAUGGAGGAGGUGGUGGUGGAUAUAGAAGAUAUUAAAACUACAAAAAUUGGAUAGCAGUGCUUACUUCUUGAUAGAUACGUUAGGCAUAGUGUUCUAAAUAACAUACUUGAAUGUCAUCUUUGAAGUAAACACCAUGUUAGACUCCCUAAUGGUAACAUUCUUCAAUUGGGUUAAUAUGUAAGAGCAUUGUUUUAUACUACCAUUUGAUCUCUUAGACAAAGUAAUGAUUUUUUCCAUAUUCUGUGUAUCCUUGAGCAUGUUAUGUCUUUUUAAAAAAAACAAAAAAUGAUCAAAAAUUAUUUUUAAAAAUGUAAAUAUUUAUUACCAUCAAACGGAAAAUGGAAAGUAUUUUAUUGUCUUUAUUGAAUUUAGAUUGUUACCUGUAUUUUAUUCAGGUUUGAGACCCAUAAAUGACCCCACUUGUAAUGGAAAGGAGUAUAGACUGUUGCCUCAUCUGUA